AUGUCGUUAACAUUGAAGCUCUCCUCCUUGGCAAUCCGGACUUUGUCCAAGCCCAUCGCUUCUCAAAUCAAAGCCCAGGCCCGUGAACAUGAACGCUUUCGCAAGAUCUGCGUCUCUAUGGCCCAAGCUCUUCACCGAUUCGAUAUGCGUCUCCGACUAGGCUCUAUACGUGAUACUGCUGCCUCCCAACGUCAAGCCGCCGCCGCCGCCGAAGCUCGCAAACACAAGCCUACAAUCCCCACUGUUCGAAACGCGGCUGACACGAAAGCCGCAGAGGAUGCAGAGGCCAAGGCCAAGGCUGCAGCAGAAGAGGCAGCCAAGCCCCAUCACUAUCGUAUCCGCCCCCUUUCCGAGUCUAAAGCUAUUGAGUCCGGUGCCAACUUCAUUUCCGAAUCCUUCCUCUUCCUUGUUGCUGGAGGCCUGAUCCUUUUUGAGUCGUGGCGGUCACGGAAUAAGGAAAGCACACGGCGGGAAGGUGUGGAGGGAAGAUUGGCAGAUCUGGAACAAUCCGAACAGGCGGCACGUGAAGCUCUGGUGGCACUCGAAAAGGAGCUGCUUCAGCUAAGAGCAAAGCACAGCGAAUUGCCCAAGUUGUCUACCCAGAGGAUUCUGUCUCCUGAGAUCUAUCAACAACCCGCAGUGUCGGAUAUGCCGGAAGUCCCACAGGGGUGGCUCUCACGCAUUUCCUCGUACAUUUCUUUUGGUCAAGGCGCUGAGACGCCGACCCAGUCUGUGCCUAAUAGCCAGCCCACAACAGAAAAUGUUGCACCGAGAACCGAAACUCCGGACCAAUCUGCUGCAUUGGCUAGUCAGACGCCAUCAUCUGCGUCGAAAAGCUCGUGA